AUGGCUCUCACAAUAGAAAUCUGGGCUCGGAUCCUCCAGCACCUCAGAGACACCGAGGGUGGCCAAAAGGACCUAUACGUUGUCUCUCGCGUCUCCCAGAACCUCAACCGUCUCGCCUGGCCAAUGUUGUACAAGAACAUUGCCUACCCUGCCGACUCCCUGAAGCUUCUCAACAGCCUGGUGAAAAUGCCCUUCGUCACCGACCUUAUACGUUCAGUGGAGUUGACCGACUCCCGUCCGGCGGGAUAUAUUCCCCAGGCAGAUCAACUGGCAGACAUGACAGUACGAUGCCUGCAGGUUCCCCCCAAGCUCAAGGCCCGUCUCCAAAGCGUCGUUGACGAGUUCUCCUCUGGCGUAUACAAUGGCAUCCCGACGCUGAUCUUGAGUCAAGCACGCAAAGUCGAACGUGUUACCUUGAAGCUGGAGGAUCCCUGCCCAGACUUGAUGUGGCUCAUCAGCGGGUCGGAGGACAUCGAGGUGCGCUGGGAGCCAGGCCAACGCUUCCUCUUCGAAGCAGAGAAGCUGGAGAAAGAUAAGGAUCUCUCAGAGCGGUUCAUCCUCCCCGAUCUCAUCCCCCCCGAGGCAUCAAUGCCGUCGGCACUGGACCUGGCUCGGUACGGUAUCAGAGCCUACAAGCACUACGGCCUGCCAUUCUUGACGGAACUGACCCUCAUCCACCCCAACGACGGUCCAAAGAUGAGCGCCUACCACCUCGUUCCCCUGAUGGCACACCGGGGUUUGCAAGUCCUAUCCUUCCAGGGCGUCUCCUACGAAGCAGCCGACGUAGACUCCAUGAUGAUCACGCCGGUCCAGUCCAACCUCCACACCUUCAGGCUCUCAGACGCCCAUUUUAACGGAACGGGCGUCAAGGACAUCUUCUACCGCUUCCCUUACCUUCGAACCCUCGAGCUGAGCUCGGGCAGCCCCAACAAGGCCGAUCCCGUGGCCCGGCACCCCGUCAACUUCCGCGACCUCGGCGACGUGUUGACGAGCGUAGGCAGGCACCUGUAUGUGCUCCACCUCGACACGAGAGCGUUCCGAAGGGAGCCCUCCGUCUUCUGGCUCAUGUAUCUGAACCGGCUCUUCUGCGUCAAGAAGCUGGUCAUCAGUACCGACUGCCUGCGCAACUACGACCCCUUUGUGCCGAGAGACGAGAUGCGGCGGACCCUGACUCGCGACUUGCCCUUCCGGCUGGAGGAACUAGAGCUCCUAGAGGUGGAUGUUGAGAAUUAUAUCGAUCAGGAUUGA